AUUUUAAUAUCGUCGUCUCUCGUCGCUCACUGCCUCCCCCACCCCCACCAACCUUCUUCUUCCAGACACACAACACAAGGGACUCGAAGAAGGACACUUCGCAAUCAUUCGACUCCGAGGUGAGUGAAAAUGAGCAGCCGAUUGAGCCGCACCAUUUAUGUUGGCAAUCUCCCCGGGGACAUUCGCAAGAGGGAAAUCGAAGAUUUGUUCUACAAGUAUGGCCCUAUUGUUGACAUUGAGUUGAAGAUCCCUGCAAGACCACCGGGUUAUGCAUUUGUUGAGUUCGAAGAUCGCCGUGCUGCUGAAGACGCAAUUUAUGGUCGUGAUGGAUAUGAAUUUGAUGGCUACCGGUUGCGAGUUGAACUUGCCCAUGGGGGACAGAGGUCACCUGUGGACCGAUACCGGAGUUACAGUGGUAGCAGCAGCAGCAGCCAUUCAAGGCGUUCUGACUAUCGUGUAUUGGUCACUGGAUUACCUUCCUCAGCUUCAUGGCAAGAUCUGAAGGAUCAUAUGCGUCGUGCUGGAGACGUCUGUUUUUCUGAGGUGUAUCCCGAUCGGCGUGGUGUGAUAGGAAUUGUCGACUAUAGUAACUACGACGACAUGAAAUAUGCGAUCAAAAAACUUGAUGAUUCUCUAUUCAGGAAUGCCUUCAGUCGAGCUUAUAUACGGGUUAAAGAAUACGAUUCACAUCGAAGCGACUCUAGAAGUCCCAGUCAAAGUCCCAAUUAUUCGAGGAGCCGCAGCCCAAACUACAGCAACAGGAGUAGAAGCAAGUCUCCAAGGCCCAAGCACUCGCGACGGUCUCCGUCUGUGUCUCCAGCAAGGUCCAUUUCUCUGCGGUCACCUUUGAGGUCCAGAUCAAGAUCGAGAUCUCCAAUAUCACCUUCAUCAAGGAAAGAGGGACCCACGGGACACAAUCUGAGCAGAAGCCCAAGAAGGAGUGUAUCUCCAUCCCGCUCACCCUCAGUCAGGUCUGAUUGAACCGGUCAUUCCCAUAACAUCUUAACAUGCUCUUAGAAGGGGAGGAAGACUUGAUCUAUUGGUCUGAGGAACUAAAACUAGUUAGAAUAUUUGAAUUACCAUCCAAAUACAAUCAUGUUGAUCCGCCAGCAGUUUGGUAUUUUUAACCCUGGCUGGAUUGAGCCUAGUUAGUUGUACUGUGUUUUUCUCUUAAAACCAUGUCCCUUGGAUUUUUCCUGGAACCAAAGUCAGCUGCUGUUGCUAACGUCAAAGUGCAAUCGUGUUGAUACGCC